AUGCAAAUGAACAGGAAUAUUCACAACAGUGAUGAAUAUUUUCUUCCAUUCACACUAAAAAUACUAAUGCAACAAAUUACCAAUUUACAAACUAUGCUACAAAAUGAAGACGAACGCAUCUGUUCACCAGCAGACAACACGAAAGAUAUCGAUUACACUUCGAAGUUAAGGUGGAACAAAAUCAAUCAUCAGAUGAACACAAUUCUACAGACAGACUUAAAAUACUUGGAUUGGGGAAGUGAAGAGAUGGGAUUGCUGAGACUUGCAAUCAUCUACAGAAAUGUGGUGGAAUCAGCACUCGUGAAGACACGACUACGUCUGUCAAGACUUGAAGAGGAAUAUGUUUGGUUGAACAGUGAAAUGGCUUAUUUUGAAAGUCAAAAAUUAGAAAAUGAUAAACUAAUGAAGGAUACAAUGAGUAAGAUAGAUCACUAUUAUUUUCUUUAUAAAGGCAGGCAGAAAUACAAGGAAGACUUCGAUUUGCCUGUGUUUUCAGGUUCAAUACAAAAUGUUCUAUCUAGUGAUGAACAUCAGAAAGGCACUACCUCCAUUCUCAUUGGUCCUACAUCCAUCCACCUCACAUGUAGUCCAGAUGAUGGAAAAGACUCAUCUGCUUCAAAUGGAAACAACCACCACCACAAGAAAUCUAAUGGAGGAAGAAAGAAAAUGAUGCGUGAGUACAGCAUCGCUGAACUAAUCUACGCCUUCACAAAGUGUUCAGGGACGAAAUUAAGUUUAAGUGAUUUGAAUUUGUUAGUAUUUAAACAUAAUACUCACAGUGUACAAACAUUACAAAUUCAGUAA